UUCGCUCUCCUUCUUUUCUCAGACUCGCAAGCCGCUCGAACGCCCUUUCCUUCUCGAAACAGAGCAGCCAGCGUGCAUCCCGUGUCCGUACAGUUCCCGAGCCAAAAAUCUCCCCCCGUCGCUGUCGCCGUCGCCGUCGCCGUCGUCCCCCCUCCUCCGGCAACGGUGAUUCUUCUCCGAUUCUGAUCGUCCCUCUCCUCUCCUCUCCUCCGGCCGAUUCUCGACGCCGAUCGCGGCGGAGCUCUUCGAUUGACUCCCUGCUUCCGCCCGCGGGACCGAGCUUUCCCCCGGCUUCCCCUCGCCGCCCCCGCAUUGCGGCGUCGCUCGGAGUCGAUUGCCUUCGCGCGCAGUGAGUUGGUUGUCGGAAGGAAUUUCCUGAUUGAGCUAGUCGGUUCGCAUUUGUGCGAGGUAAUCAGCGGGUUGGAUAGGAAUCCCUGCUCGUUUCCGGCUGAAUUGCCGGGAGGUAAUAUGCGAACGUAGGAUUUCUCGAUCGCCAGUCGCUCGAGGUCUAUCGGGAGCUUGAUCAGAAUGAAUCCGCUGUAUCCGGUGAAGGAGGAGUUCCCAGGCGCGUCGAGCUCGUCUGCCGCAGAGGCGCCGGCGAUGAACCCGCCGGAGCCGAUGGAAGGCCUGCACGACGUCGGGCCUCCGCCUUUCCUGACGAAGACCUACGACAUUGUGGACGACCCGGGGACCGAUCACGUCGUCUCCUGGAACGCCGGCGGCGGGAGCUUCGUCGUGUGGGACCCUCACUCCUUCGCGACGCACCUCCUUCCCCGAUACUUCAAGCACAACAACUUCUCCAGCUUCGUCAGGCAGCUCAACACUUACGGCUUCCGGAAGACAGAUCCAGAUAGGUGGGAGUUUGCCAAUGAAGGAUUUCUAAGAGGGCAAAAGCAUCUGCUCAAGAGCAUCAAGAGGAGGAAGGCACCUUCCGGUUUAAUUCCCCAGCAGCAAGCUGUGGGUCCUUGUGUGGAAGUCGGAUACUUCGGGCCAGAUGGGGAAGUGGAUCGCCUGAAGCGCGACAAGCAGGUCUUAAUGCUCGAGCUAGUGAAACUUAGACAGCAGCAGCAGAACACUAGGGCCUAUCUCCAAGCAAUGGAGCAGAGGCUUCAGAAGACUGAGGUGAAGCAGAAACAGAUGAUGGCUUUCCUGGCGAGGGCGAUGCAGAACCCGGCUUUUCUGCAGCAACUGUUGCAGCAGAAGGAGAAGAGGAAGGAGCUCGAAGAAGCAGUGACCAAGAAAAGGAGGCGGCCGAUCGAUCAAGGACCAAGCUCUUCUCAGGCGGUGGAACCCAGACAAGGUCUCGAAGGGACAAGCUCUGUUAAGGCUGAGCCACUUGAGUUCAGAGAUUUCGGUGUUGAGGUGUCGGAGCUGGAAGCGCUUGCAUUGGAGAUGCAAGGGCUGGGAAGGGCAAGGCAAGAGGUGGAGGAAGGACUAGAUGACAUAGAGCCGCCGCCUGAUGGCGUGGAUAAAGAUCUUGAUGAGGGAUUCUGGGAGGAGUUGUUUAGUGAAGGAGGUGAAGAUGAAGAUGUUGAUCUCUUGUCUAACAGACUGGGUUACUUGGGUUCUAGCCCUAAGAAACGAAGCUGAAGUUUCGGUUCAUCAAUUUUCCUGUUCCUCUCUAAUUAAUUGCGGCUUAACUAUUGAUUCUUCAAGGUAGCACAAUUCCAUUGUCCUUCUGAUAGUGUCUCUUUUGUGCAGUUAGGUUUUUCAGGUAUCUGAACCUGAUGGAUUCGCGGGAACUGAUAAAUCCUCAAGCAGUGUCCCACUUCAGGAAUAGCUAGUUCCUCCCAGUGUUUCUAACUGUGUAACUGAUUGUAUAAAUUGCUAUCAUUCGUUUGCCAUGUUGAUUGCUUAGGUUUGAAAGAAAGAUGGUGGCCAGAUUCUUCAAGAUAUGACUCAAAUUUGCAUCAAAGGUUCUUGUCAAUUAAAAUGUCUCAAAACCCAUUACUUUCUGCAUUCUAUAUGUGAACCAAAUCUUCAUUUCCUCAAUGUAAUCAGUUCUGCCCUCCACUUGAUGUAGAUCUUCAGAAGAAAUCACUGUUUAGCUGCGAGAUUGAAGAAAUGGAAUUGCACAGUUGAUUUCAAAGCACAACUGAUCAUUGAGGUCGAUGAUCUAAUAUACACACUGCUUAUCUAAAAUCUUAAUUAUACAGGUUCAGGUUGGACGAAUUAUUUGAGAAGGUCUUGUCAUUUAUCUUUCUAUGACAAAGCCUUUAUGUAGCAAAGUAUGUAUUUGAUAGGACCUAAGUAGGUCCUUAAAUUGCUUCAUCUAAUCUUGAGACUUAAAAUUAGGGGUAUUCCCAGCAAAGUAUGUAUUUGAUAGGACCUAAGUAGGUCCUUAAAUUGCUUCAUCUAAUCUUGAGACUUAAAAUUAGGGGUAUUUAAAAUUAGGGGUAUUCCCAACUAGGUAGAGAAGAAAAAGAUUUGCCUAGAAAUUUGGGGGCUGUCAGGAGGAAGGUAGACUGCCCCCAUCUUCUCAUUCAGAGAAGGCUUUAGCAAUGUAUAGAUUCCGUAGUUGGGAGAUGGGGGAGGCUAUCUGGUAGUGACAACUCCAUGGUCAUCGCAUGCGGCUUGUCAUGUAAAAGGCAAGCCUAUGGAAUUGCAUGCUGUAUUUUUUGUCUGCCCUCUGACAUAAGAAUGAAGGAUUGUGACUUUAUUGA